GCCCAAUGAGAGACUGACUCUGGGCUCAAAGGGGCGGGGAGGAAAGGACGACUUCGUUACGCUAGGAGAAGGGGGCGGGCCCUGCAACGUCGGACAGAACGAGGGGACGCAACGGAGGCAGGCCGGAGCCGCUGCCGUCGCCAUGACCCGCGGUAACCAGCGCGAGCUCGCCCGCCAGAAGAAUAUGAAAAAGCAGAGCGACUCGGUUAAGGGAAAGCGCCGAGAUGACGGGCUUUCUGCUGCCGCCCGCAAGCAGAGUGCCCCAUCAUCUCUACCCCCAGGGACUCGGAGAUCAUGCAGCAGAAGCAGAAAAAGGCAAACGAGAAGAAGGAGGAACCCAAGUAGCUUUGUGGCUUCGUGUCCAACCCUCUUGCCCUUCGCCUGUGUGCCUGGAGCCAGUCCCACCACGCUCGCGUUUUCUCCUGUAGUGCUCACAGGUCCCAGCACCGAUGGCAUUCCCUUUGCCCUGAGUCUGCAGUGGGUCCCUUUUGUGCUUCCUUCCCCUCAGGUAUCCUCUCUCCCUCUGGGCCAUGCCUGGGGGUGAGGGGGUUACCCCUUCCCAGUGUUUUUUAUUCCUGUGGGGCUCACCCCAAAGUAUUAAAAGUAGCUUUGUAAUUUC